GUACUAGCUCUGUGCAUGCUGUGUACAUACGUAUCAAAACGAGUGCGAACGCUCACGACUCGCGAAAGUCUAGUCAGAAGAAAUCUAGACUGCCGUACCUGGUCAAAUUACGAAGAAUUUCACUCCAGAAUUUCAUCUUUCUAUAAUAAAGCAGUUCCUGGGUACCCUGAUGAAAUCAAGAUGGAUGAGGCCGGAGGAGAAGUUCAAUUUCGUUGUAAGCUUUGUCAAUUUAUUGGAGCUGCCAAAUCAGAAAUUGCGCAACACUUUCUCAGCGAGCAUAUCGAGGUAGAAUAUAUCACACCAACAAAGAAGGGGAAGAAAGCUGACGGAAAGAGUGAUGAAGGGCAGAAAGCCGAGGAGAAUGAAGAUAAGAAGAAGAAGAAGAAGAAGAAAGAAAAGGUUGCUGAUAAAGUCACGGAAGAAGAGGAAGUCAACUUUUCUCCUAAGCUGCCAUCCAAAAAACGCGGUCGACCAAAAGGCAAGAAGGCAGAUGCUGUAAAGACUAAAAACAAGGUGUUAUCUCCAGAGCCAGCGAACUUAGAGGACGAACCGAAACACCUUGGUCGGGGAAUGAGAAAAAGAAAAAAGAGGAUGCCAUUAGGGGGAACGAACAACGAUGAUGUUGACGAAAGUGACGAUGGCGAAGAUGACGUAGAAGAAGAUGACCAAAUUAACAUCCUCGAAGAUGAGAAGGGAGAGCAAAAAGAGACAAAGAAGAGCGUUUUAAAAAUUAAAUCAUGGGAUAUCAAAUCGCGACGAGGUCGCCCAAGGAAAAAAGAGCGACGAGCUCAUCGGAAAAAAGAUCGAAACUGGACCGCUACUGACGUUGAGUCUAAAAAAGAAAGGCGUUUAAAGAAACAGAAAUUGGAUAUCGUGGUUCCCACGAAAGUGUUCAAACGGAUCCUCCGGGAUCGUACAGAUGAGUGGCAGAAAACAUAUAAUGAUAAACAUAGUCUAGAUCUGUAUCGCUGUGAGGUCGAGAGGUGUCAUGGGAUAGGAAUGGCAGAGGCCGAGUUUGAUGUUCACAUGAAAUGCCAUGUGCCUAAUAUGGAAGGAUUUCGGUGUUUUAUUUGUCAGUUCAUGUGUCUUCACUGGCGUAACAUGCGCCAUCACUACCGAAAAGUUCAUGACCAAAUGCUAACCUGGGUCUCGUGCGACUUUGAGGGGUGUCGGAAAGAGUUCCCAAAGUUUGGUGCUCUGAAAACUCACGUAGCAUUGGCACAUAUAAAAACCCCGCUAGUGCAAAAACUGAAACCACCCGGAACCGAUCUGUCUGAGUUCUCUUCCUACCUGGAUAAGAAAGUAAAAGUAGACUCGUACGGUGCUAAUGUCAACACAGAACAAAACAAUGUUGAAGAUGAGGAAGAAGAAGAUGAGGAGGAACCAAGGAGAAGAGGUAGACCUCGAAAGCGUAAAAGGCCUGUUGGACGCCCAUCCAAAGAAACUGAACCCCCUGUAAAGAAGCAGAAUCUCCAUCACAGGAUGCAGGGGGAGGAUCGAGAAAAGUUCCAGCGUCGCCUUGUGGCAUUUGUUUGUGAGGUAUGCACUGCCAAGUUCAACGAAGAAGAGAAGAUGACGGAACACAGCCAUGGACAUUACCGCACUGGCAGCAAUGAGAUCCAUUGUACGGAGUGCGAAGAGUUUGUUACAAGCGAACAAUCGUCACUGCAGUUGCACAUGGUCCAGGAGCACAAGCGGUUGCUGCAGCUGCACCGGUGUGACAGGUGCAACUUCUCCUCGAAUCGAUUUCACGAUCUAAAGAAGCACAAUAUCGUCCAUACAGGAGCAAAGAACUAUAUGUGCGAUAAGUGCGGGAAGUGCACCACAACUCCAUACAAUCUGAAGGUCCAUUACCGACGAAUGCAUGCUUUAGACGAGGAAAAGAACAUCAAGUGCAUCACAUGUGACUACAGAUGUGCUGACAAGGCUGUUUUAAAGGAUCACAUUCGACAGAAGCAUGGACUUCUCAUCAACGGUGACGAGUACACCAACCCGCGAUCAAUGCUCAUGUUCCCUUGCCCUCAGUGUCCUUACGUGGGUCGGAAGCAAUCAAGUCUGGACUACCACAUGCGCAUCCACAACGAGAACCGCCAGUUCAAGUGUAAUCUUUGUCCUUAUGCUAGCAAGACCAAGAACAACCUGGUGCUGCACCUUCGCACCCACGAUGGAUAUAGACCGAUGAAGUGUCCCCAUUGUGAUUUCAGAGGCGCGACAAACAAGAUAAUUUCUGAGCACGUCAUGUGCAAACACGCCAACAUCCGUCCUUACCACUGCAGCAUCUGUGGAUGGAGCACUGCGUACAGUGGCAAUAUGUGGAAGCACAUGGACACCCACCAGAAAGAGCUCAAAGACAAGAUGCCCGAGUGUCCCGUCAACAUCGUCAACAGCAACAAGCAUUCAAUCCCAGCGCCACUCCGACCACCUUCGGGCAAAAAGCGAAACAUGAGCAAGGCUUCAAAUUUCAAACUCAAACUGGCGAAGACUGGCAAGACCAGACGGCAGAAAACACAACCGAUGGAACAGACAACUACUAUAUCAAUCCUACAGGAUAGGGAUAAUAUUCAAGCCAUCCAAGUUCAAGCGGGAGGAAGCAUACCCGAAGGAGUGUUAAUGGAGGUUCCCGUGCAUACAGUCCUUGGUUCUGGUGGCCAGAUGAUGGUUACCAAAGGGCUGUCUGAAGAAGAAUCAGUAGGAUCGUCAGCGCUCAGUAGGUUGGCGGCAGCAGUGGCUUCACAGGAGGUCCACAUCAUCCAGAACAACGACGGCAUACAGGACGGUUCCCAACAUCAGGAACAUAGAAUCAUUGCCACACGGAUCGAUAAUCCCAUACCAACCUCUAUCCAUGUCGAUGCAAACAACGCAAUGGACCAAGUCCAAGAGAUAAUCGAAUACACAGUUCCGAGUGUCGCUCAACAUAUCAUCACAAGCAGUGGCGAUAUUACAGAGGUCAUCACUGCCGAUCAUCACUACCAUGCCGGUCACCACAUCGGUAACCAUCAACAGUUGCAGCAACAACAACGGCACCAUCAACAGCAGCAGCAACAGGGUGGUGACAGCAGCAUUCAGCAAGCAGCCGUGCACGCGGGUAUACCGACAACCAGCGCCAAUGAUCCGGUUCCGAUUUCGAUUGUUGAGCAGGUUGUUCCGCACUCGGAUGACCAGAGUGCGGUCCGUAAUUUGGUUGCUUCCAUGAUCCCUCACGAUGCAGAGCUGGUAAUGAGCAUGAUGCAGAUUCAGCAAGUCCCUCAGCAUGUACAGCAGGUUCAGCAAGUCUCAGGGCUGCCAACCCUUCAUGAGAAUUUGGAGCACUGAUCUGUAUACGGAUCAGUGGUUUGGAGUGAGACAUUGGGUCGGAUUCAUUAAAAAGUAUAUGUAGUAAUUUCAGGAAAGCAAUUUCUUCAAGUACUGUAAGCAGUUGCUAGCCAAGCAAAAGAUCAUGCCUUAACAAUUGCUUUAUUUCGUAAACACAACCCUUUUGAUCUUGCCUUCAGAAAGCAAGUGCUAGCGGUUUUAACAAUAGCGACGUCACGCUGUUGCGACUCGCAGAACAAAGGAAGGACUCGCAUUGCAGAUGUGUUGCAGUGCAAAAUACCGCUUAUCUCAUGCAACAUAUAUUCCUUAGACGUGGUGUCAAACUAUUCCUUUAACUUGUUUCUAAUUAAUGAAAUUAUAUAGUUGGCAUUUGGUUUGCUCUUACUAGGAAGAAAACAUGUACUUGUAGGCUACGGUACACCUUGGGGUUCUCUCUCAACGCAAACACCCUGAUCAAGCAUACGCUUUAAGUAGACCAAAAUCUUCGGUCUCUGUUAUGUUGUUCCGCUGAACUCCGUUGGCCCCACUCACCAAUUACAGAGAAAUUCAAAAAGAAAUUCAAAAUGUUAAAAAAAAACUCCUCGAAACAGACGGCCAGCUGUCUAGCGCUUAAGCUGCUCUGACCGCGCUUGAAAAAAAACCCCAAGCAAAUGCUUUAAUUUUUUUGGCAAUAGCGUGAUCAUCAAGCACAUGCUAGCAAUUGCUUUAGCUUACUAGCAAAGACAUUUGCUCGCUUCUUUUUUAUGCCUAUGGAAUCGAACAAAAGCCUAGCAAAUGCAAUUGUUAUUUUUUAUGCAUCUGACCCAUCGCGAGGGAGCCAAAUACGUCUCUCAAUGGCGCCCCACUCGUUAAUUGGUUGUACACCUGGGAUUCUGUCUCAUCAAUUGGACAGGGUAUGUUUAUUGUAUAAUUUAUCUAUUUGCAGUGCCAGUUUAUACAAAAUCUUAUCGUCUCCUUGCCCUAUUGAGUUAGAGUAAUUUUCAUUCGUUGAUUGAAGUUAGUGACUUGGACACAAUUUGAACAUUUUGUUGUCGACCCAGUACGAUACAAAUGACCCGUACAAUAAGGGGCCAUUCAUAAACAUAAUUUGUAAUAAAAUGUUAUUUCCAGCUGGAAAUUAACAACCUUUACCAAUGCAAGAACGAAUAUUCUUAGUAUUGAACUUGCACACAGAUUUCCAUGGAAAAGUGAUAUAACAUGUAGGUUUUUGUUUUGUUUUAUAAUUUGAGUUACUACAUUUGUUUAAACUUUUAAGAGUGCAAGCUAGAUUAGAAAAUGAUCUUAUAUCAAUGUCUUAUUUCCCCAAAAAAGUGGAUAUAAGGCCUCAUGGAAUUAGAAGUUCCUCUAAUGCAACAUCUUGAAUAAUCUGUACAUUAACUCUUUCGUGUACAUUGAGUGAAGUCAAAUCCGCAAUCAGUUCCCCUGGGGGCGUUUCAUGAACAUUUUUGUCUGACAAGUUGUCAGAUGUGACAUCUUUCCUUGAUUCUGAUUGGCUGAGAGGCAUUGUUACUAUGGUAACUGUCGGAUGAAAUGGGACUUGUCGGAUAAAACGUCUGACAAGUCCUUUCAUGAAACGCUCCCCUGGUCCUACCAAAUAUGUAAUAUUUAUGUCAUUAUUUAAACUUUUACAGCAUUGUUCUUAACAUUGAUAUAUUCAUUAUCAUUAGUAUAGUUAUUAUUAUUAUUAGCAUUAUUAUAGCUUUUUUUUCCUUUAGCAAGAAAUCCAGUGCUGCACUUGACCCAGGUGAGGUGAACGGGUACCCGGCAGGUGUAAUUCCUUGCAUGCACAGAGCGCCGUUGAUGGUAGCUCGAGCUAAAGCCGGGGUAAUAAUAGCACCUCUUUGUAUUCUCGGGUAAAAGCGCUUUAUAAAUCCAGCUAUAAUUAUCAUAAUUAUUGUUAUUAUUAUUAUUAUUACCAUCAUUAUAUUGUUGCUAUCGUUAUCAUUUCAUUAUUCUAAUUAUUGGUAUGGUAUAGUAAUAUAUAUGUUAAUAUUGUUAUUCAUCAUUCAAUUAAAAUAUUUUUAAAUAUAUCCAACUAUUCAUUUAUCCUUAUGUUUAGCUCCAUGGAUAAACAGAUCUUGUCAACAAAUAACACUAAAUAUUGUUAACUGAAAUCAGAUACUCGUAUACAUCUCAACAAUCAUUUUCACCUCUAACUUAUUUAGAUUAAUUGAAAAUAUUCAAUGAUAUUUUACUUGUUUCUUCAGUUUGUAAUAUUAUCUAAGAAGAUUGUCCGCCGGUAUAUAAAUUACAUAUGUUAGAGUAUUUUUGCCACAGGCAUAUUCUCAAUAUUAAACUUUGAGUGCUGGUGUGUGAAUUGAAUUACUUGUAUUUUAUGUACUACUUGCAUGAAUAAAGCAAGCACUGUUUGUUUGUUUAAUAUCAUAAUUACAUUUAGUUUUGUCAUAAAUUCUGUAAAUCUUCCAGAGCUUUGCAUUCCACGUUUCGCUUUCGUGCCAUCGUGCCUAUAAAAUUUAUGCUGUGAUAUAUAUAUUUUUUGUCUUUUAAGUUCUAUGCUUUCCGUUGUAUACGCUCGCCGUGUUCUGAAGGGUUGUUAUUGUGGACGUUCGCUAUUACGAAAGGUUCGUUAUUCCGAAACAUCCAGGAUUCAAUUCCGAAGAUGAAAAGAGUUCGUUACGCCGAACCUUCUGGGCAUUAUUCGGAGGGUUUUUUAGUCGGAAAAUAGGGUUUGCUAUUUCAAAGGUUUGUUAUUUUUCAGAUUUAAUAUCAAAGUCCUAAAAGUGUAAAUGACUAAAGAAGUCGAUGGGUUAACGGGCCUCGGAAUAAUAAACCUAAUUUUGUUUUCGGUUUAAAGAGCCUUUGGAAUAACACACAUUUUUUUUUUCGCUUUUGGAUUAACCGACCUUCUGAAUAUCGAACGUAAUGUCAUUUCCGGAAUAACGUACAUGACUUACGGAUCAACCAUCGGAUCAAUGAAUGUACCUUCGAAAUAACGAACCUUCGUAAUGAUGAGCUAUACCAAUUCACACUUAUUACUAUAUUUCGUCUUUUUUCAUAAAAAAUAAAAUGUACAAAGAUUUCUUUGAUUAGUUUUCUGCAUCGUUGUGACUGAGAUUCUCAUGAUGAUAAAGCAAAGGACAUCUACCGGUAAUCAGUUUCUUACGAUAUUCAAAUAGACUUAUGAUAUAAUACAAGUGAAUAUCUCCCGAGCGUCAACAUGAUUUUGCAAAAGUCAGAAAAUUAAAUAUUAAUGAAGCGUUGAAUAAAUUCAAGAAAAAAAAUAGUAAAAGAAUCUUCAUAUAAUUAUAUCUAUCUAUUUACCUACUUAUUCAUUUAUUAUUCUACAUCCAACUACCUCCCAUUCAGGGGCCACGGAAUGGUUUUCAAGGGGGGGGGGCUGAGCCUAAAGUGGGCGGGGGCUGAACAUGCAAAAAAUCACAAUCAUAUGGUCAUUUUUGUGUUUUUGUACACGUAUUUGGAAAAAAAAGUGGGGAAUGGAGCCCCCACUUGACCGUCCCUUGACUGUCAUCAAAAGUUUCCUGAAACUGUUUAAUGUUAAGGAAUAUCUCAUAUUGGUCAUUUUGCUAUAUUUUUUUUUACUGGUAGGCCCUACAUGUUAUAGUUACUGAUGUGUAGUUAAUCAUAAAGGCUUGUUUGAAAAGGCA